UAAUCACUUGCGAACUUUCCGUCAAAUAAAUUUGUUAUGAAUUUUUAAUAAAAAUUAAAUUAUUUUUCUCUUAUUCAAAUUUCGGUUACAAAAUUUUUUGUUUUUUGCAAUUAAAAUAUUAAAAAUAAAAUAAAAUAAAUUAAAUAUUCCGCUGCAUCGUCUCCUCGUUUCGCAUACAUAAUGUCGGCUACAAAGUGCGCGGCAGGCAAAUGUGAAGAUAAGACCAUCACCUACGAAGAGGUCAAACAGAUCGCCGAUCAUAUAUUGUCACGCAUAAAAGUAAAGCCUGUAGUCGGUAUUAUAUGCGGUUCGGGUUUGGGCUCACUAACCGAAGCCAUUACGAAUGCACAAAAUAUAGAGUACAAAGACAUACCCGGGUUUCCGGUCUCAACUGUGGUCGGACAUGCGGGACGCUUGGUCAUCGGUAUGCUGGAGGGCCUGCCAGUGUUGGCAAUGCAGGGACGCUUUCACUACUACGAGGGCUAUCCGUUGGUGAAGUGCUCUUUGCCGGUGCGCGUCAUGAAACUAAUGGGUAUUGAGUACUUGAUGGUGACUAAUGCUGCGGGCGGCAUAAAUCCCACUUAUAAGGUGGGUGAUAUUAUGCUUAUACGCGAUCACAUCAACUUCGUCGGGUUCUCUGGCAAUUCGCCACUACGUGGACCAAACGAUGACCGGCUGGGACCACGAUUUCCACCCAUGACCGACGCAUACAAUCCCGAGUUGAUAACACGCGCUCAGGGUAUUGCCAAAGAGAUGGGUAUACCGGAUGUGGUGAAGGUGGGCACAUAUUGCUUCCUCGGUGGUCCGAACUAUGAAACAAUUGCUGAGUGUAAGAUGCUGCAUACUUGCGGCGUAGAUGCUGUCGGCAUGUCGACCGCUCACGAAGUGGUUGUGGCCCAGCACUGCGGUCUGAAGGUGUUCGCAUUCAGUCUCAUCACCAACAAGUCAUCACUGGACUACCAAAAGAAGGAGUAUGCCAAUCAUGCCGAGGUCGUAGCGGUGGGCAAAAGUCGUGAGAGUACUUGCCGUGAUCUCAUGUGUCGCAUGAUCAAGUCUAUAGCAGCUGAGCGGGGAAGCGGAGCAGCUGAUUGUGGCUGUUCAACAUGAGGAACGAGGGUUGCAGGGAUGCAUGCGGAAUUAGUUAAAUAUACAAAAUCUAUUUUAUAUAUUAUUAUGUAAUUAUAUUAUAUAAUUACGGGAAAGUCAAAAUUCAAACCAUAUCUACUGAAAAAUAUUUCGACAACAAAAUAAAAUUCUAAUAAAAAACUUUUAUUAAAUAAAGUGCUGGAAAAGA